AGAACAAUCUCAUCUCAUAUACAUCACUCUCUUGCAUCCACUUUUGGACCACCUCAGAUCCCGUCCUACAGCUUCAGUCAACAUGAACCCCGCUGUUUCUAACCUCGUCAUCUCCAUCGGAGCCAUGCAAGUGGCCCGAAAGCUUCCACUGGAUGAUCCUCAAUACUUGACAUAUCUGAGAGGAGGUUAUGUCACCGCCCAGGUUGUCUCGUUCCUCAUCUACUUUGCCAUCACCUUGAUCAUUCGGAAAAAGAAUGAUUUGACAGUGCUGAAAUAUGUCAACCCAGCAACGCCCAUGAACCCCGACUCAAAGCCUGAAUUGGUGACUACCACCGUAAGAGAUUAUGAUCUCGCAGAGACUGGAAAAGCCAUGAAAAGUCUCUUCUUCGGUAUCGCUUUCAUGGGAUUCCUUCACGGAUACAUGAAAUACACCCAGCCUCUCUUCAUCCAGGGCCUGAUGACCAUCAAGGGUGUCCUCGAGUCCAACCCUGCCAAACUUCACAUCUGGGGAUCUAAACCCGAAGGAGCCCUCUCUCGACCAUUCAAGACCGCCCCCGGAAUCAUGGAGAGUCUCACUGGUGCCGCUGCUGGUCCGCAAACCGACGCUGCGACUAUCAAGGCCGCGGAGAAGGCUGGCAACAAAUCCGAAUAGAGCUCUCCCUUCACACGGUGAUUACGGACACACAUUCCGGUCAUCCGAGGGUCAUAUCACGAGCCAUAGAUUGCGUCAAGAGAUAACGAUUUUCUGUGCACCCUCUUUAAACCCAACCCCCUUAUGCAUCCAAUA